GAGGAGGAGGAGGAGGAACGGGACCAUCGCCUUCGUCUUCGUCUUCGUCUUCCUCUUUGGUUUCUUCGUCGUCUUCGUCAUUGUCGUCUUCUAAUUCUAGAAGGUUCGGAACUAUUUCUCCCUCUAACAUCAUUAACGCACCGCUGUCGCUAUUAUUGGAAUAUUCAGGGAUUCUUCGCAACAAUAACAACACCACCACCACCAGGUCGAAUUUCAAUAACCACGAACCUAACCCUAACCCUAAUUCCGAGCCUUCCGUAAAUGACGGCGAGUUAUCGAUCAGGAUCAUUAGUCCUUCCGAACACGAUAAUCACGAUAAUCAUCGUCACAGGGAGGAGCAACCUUCGUCUUCUGGUGGGGGUGGUUUGGUUGUGGGGCUUCCUCACGAUGAGGGUGGGUCCGUUAUGCCCAAUUCGAGCACCGGAGACACCGGGAUUGGGAACGGGAAUGGGAUUGGAAACGGCGACGCGGGGACCGGCGGUGAGGGGGGCGGCAAUGGGAGGGAUUCUUCUUACCAGAGGUAUGAUAUUCAGCAUGCUGCAAGGUGGGUGGAGCAGGUUCUUCCGUUCUCUUUGCUCCUCUUGGUGGUCUUCAUCCGCCAGCAUUUACAAGGGUUUUUUGUUACAAUUUGGAUUGCGGCUGUCCUUUUCAAGUCGAAUGACAUUCUAAGAAAACAAACAGCUCUGAAGGGAGAGAGGAAAAUACCUAUUCUCAUUGGGAUUUCUGUUGCAUUUUCACUUCAUGUGAUUAGCAUCUAUUGGUGGUAUCAGAAUGAUGAUCUGAUGUAUCCGCUGGUCAUGCUUCCUCCGAGAGAGAUACCGCCUUUCUGGCAUGCAAUUUUCAUCAUCAUGGUUAAUGACACUUUGGUCCGCCAGGCUGCAAUGGUAUUCAAGUGUAUAUUGUUGAUCUAUUACAAGAACAGCAGAGGCCGAAAUUAUCGUAGGCAGGGGCAAAUGCUGACUCUAGUUGAGUACCUUCUUUUGCUAUACCGUGCCUUGCUGCCGACACCGGUUUGGUAUCGUUUCUUUCUAAACAAAGAAUAUGGAAGCCUUUUUUCAUCAUUGAUGACAGGACUGUAUCUAACAUUUAAGCUCACAUCCGUGGUUGAAAAGGUGCAAGCCUUCUUUGCUGCAGUGAAGGCAUUGUCACGGAAAGAAGUUCAUUAUGGUUCUUAUGCAACAUCAGAGCAGGUGAUUGCGGCUGGUGAUCUUUGUGCUAUUUGUCAAGAGAAGAUGCAUGCUCCAAUAUUACUUCGUUGUAAACACAUCUUCUGUGAAGAUUGUGUAUCAGAGUGGUUUGAGAGGGAAAGGACCUGCCCAUUGUGCAGGGCUUUGGUAAAACCAGCAGACUUGAGGUCAUUUGGUGAUGGUUCUACUAGUUUAUUCUUCCAGUUAUUCUAAGAUAUUAUAAAUACAAGCCAGGAUGUUUUUCUGCUAUGAAGCUUUUUACAUUUUUGAAAGAAGCAACCUUGAUAUAUAUACACCAACAACACAUGUAAAAUUUCGCUGGAGGCAUUCGUGGUUACACUUUGAGAACGUCGAAUGCGGAUGAGUCGCAUUGAACUGGUCGCAUCAUGUUCAUAUAAUGUACUAGUAAGAGGUUAAGUGUAUCUUCUAAUGACCCUGUAAGCUAGAGGAAGUUCAUUGUAAGUCUUUGACUCUUCAUUAAGAAAUGAAGGUCUAUUUCUGCAGUUUCUGCCAUAUAUAGUGUAAAAGUGACAAAUAUUUCCGAAUGUGGUUUAUGAAACACACCCGCAAGGAGUGUUGCUUCACUUCACACAAUCUUUGUGUAGUUUUAUGUUUUUGUUUUAUUGCAUUUGAUCUGAUAGUUUCCUUUUC